AGGCCGCCACCCCCUCUUCGCGCAUGCGCCGGGCUCCCGGUCGCCGUGGCAACGGGACGCGGUGCCAGGCUGGGCGGGGGCGGCCGGCGGUGAUGGCGGGGCUGCUGUGCGGGUGGCUCAACGGGGAGGUGAGGCUCUCCCGCAGCGUCGUUCCAGGAUCAUUUGCUGAAGAAUUUUCUAAUGGCUACCUCCUUGGAGAACUUCUACACAAAUACGGCCUUCAGGAUGACUUUAAUAAAUUUUCACAGAGCAGGGUUGCAAGUGCAAAACUUAACAAUUUUUCUCUCCUGGAACCCACACUUCACCUCCUUGAUGUACAGUUUAAUGAAAAUGUGGCCCAAGACAUCAUGACGGGGCAGCAUGGGGCUGCAACAAAGCUUUUGUAUGAAUUGUAUAUUGCUUUAGAAAAAAAGAGAAAGACAAAGCUCACUGCAGUAGCCAUGGAAGCAAUGAGACCUACAGCACCUGCAAGGCUCAAGUCCAUUGGAAGUGUUUUGUAUCAAGAGCGUUUGAAAUCUUUAACACCACGUCAGGCAGAUUUGCAGCUACAGCAGGUUUCAGAACAUUUUGAAAUGAAGUCUAAAGCAAUGGAAGAUAAAAUAGCUCGUAUACAUAUUUUAGAACAACAGAAAGUUCAGAAGCUUCGAGAGGAACAAAGAGCCCAAGACAUUGAAAAGCAUCGCAUAGGAAGAAGGAGACAAAAUGAAAUAAUGGCCAGGAUUCAAGCAGCCAUUAUACAGGUUCCAAAGCCACAACCAAACCACACGAUAAAAGCUAUUGAAGCCCAAAAAUUGCUAAAGAAGAAAAGAGAAGCAGAGGACACUUACAAGGAGAUUAACAAGUUUGAGAAGUCUAUUGCAGGAAAUCCCUCUGCCGUACAAAGCCAAGUCUCUGAUAGUGAUAUACAAGAAUCGUUGCAAACACAGAAGUUGCAAGUACCAACCCUAGAAACCACAGCACAGACAGCAACUGAGCUAUUAAAUAUUUAUUCAGAUGAUGAAUAUGUAAGAAAAAUUCAAAAACGUUUGGAGGAAGAUACGUUUGCUAGAGAACAACGAGAAAAAAGACGACGAAAAUUGCUGGUGGAACAGUUAACAGCACACGAAGCACAGGAGGAGGCUUACCGAGAGGAGCAACUUAUUUACAGACUAAUGAGACAGUCUCAGCAGGAGCGGAGGAUUGCUGUUCAACUCAUGCAUGUUCGACAUGAGAAAGAGGUGUUAAGGCAAAACAGAAUUUACAGGGAAAAACAGUAUGAAGAUAGACGACUGAAAGAGUUCCAGAAAGCUCUUGAUAGAGAGGCAGCUCUUGCAAAACAAGAAAAAAUUGAUUGUGAAGAACAAACUAUCAAAGAAAGAGAACGUCAUGAAAAAAUUGCUGUUGGAAGAGCUCAGGCUCGUUAUAAAAAGCAUUAUUCUAUAUGUUGGGAAGUGAUCGACCAAAUCAUUGACUUGUCAACAAAAGUAGGAGAAUAUCGAAUAUUGACAAACAACAAAAUUCCAUUGAAACUGAUGUGUGAUUGGAAGGAAUUUUUUUUUAAUGGAAAACCAAUAUAUGAACAAGCCUCAAUUCAGCCUUUGCCAAAUGAACAAAGCCCAGAACAACUUGUAGAACUGAAUAAAAUGAGUCUGUUAGAUGAAAAAGAUUAUGGUGAAUACAAGAGUAUGACAGGGGAAUGGUGCCCAACUGAAGAUAACAGUGAAUACAAACCUCCUCGUAAUAAUAACAUAUUGGGUCAUGUGCUUCGUAGACUGAUGGAGAUUUUCUAUCCUCCAAAACCCAAAUCUUCACUACCUGUAUUUCCUUCUUUUCCUAUUAAGGGAUGCAUUUUGGGAAAACUUUUUAGUGGAAAAACUACCUGUGUAAAGUUUCUUGAAAAAGUUUGCAAUAUUCAGGUACUAUCUGUUGAUACUCUGGUUCAGAAGGCCAUCCAAGCUUUUCUUAAAAAUGAAAUGAUAUGUGAACACAGCGUAAUUUCACAGGAAGCAGAGAAUUCUGUGAAACAAAAUGAGGUCCAGAGGAACAUGUCAAAAUCAUCACUACUGAAAGUUCUAACAGAAACAUUUAUCAAUGGAACCAAAGGUAACUGUCCUAUCAAAAACGAUCCAUCUGGUCAAGAAACUGAAUCAGACAACAGUCAGAAUGACCUGUCCAAGCUUUCUGUACGUGCCCAGCUUGGUGCUGCAUCACAGAAAUUGUUGAAGAAAGGAAAAAGUAUUCCAGAUGAAUUACUAGUUGCCAUCCUAUUGGAAGCUAUUAACCAAACACCGCCAGAGAUGGGGUGGAUUCUGGAUGGAUUUCCAAUGACAAUUAAUCAGGCAAAGCUAUUUGAAAAAGCCUAUACAGGGGUCGAUCCAGAUGAAGCAGAAGCAGAAGAUAUGAACCCUGGAAAGUUCUCCCUUGUUACAGAUCCCAGAGCCCCUAACAAGCCUUCUGUUUCCUUACUUGCAUUUGAUGUUUCUGUGUUAUUGGAUAUUUCAGACACGACAGUACUAAAACGCAUGGCUAGCUUGAAGUCACAUAGAUCAAAGUCAUCUCAAAUGGAACAGAAGGACAACAAUCAAAAUUCAGAUGCUGAAAUCCUUGAAGAGAAGAUUAACUUAGUAAGGGACCAGGUGCUACAUAGAAUUUCAGGCUUUCUAGACACAUGGCCAAAAUUAGAGAACUGGUUUUCAGUCCAUCAGAAUAUUCUAGUGAAAGUCAAUGCAGAGACAGAAGAAAGUCUUGUGUGCAAAGCAGUAAAGGAAAUUCUAAUGGGAGAAAUUGCCAAAAAGCAGAAUAGAAGUUCUGCUCAAGAAAAAUCACCAGGAAAAAAGCCUUUACUAGUCACAUCUCAAGAUUUGGUUCCUCCUAUUCCUGUGACACAACCACCAAUUGAACCAGGAUCACAUGAAUGGAUUUAUGUAGAUGAACCACUUCCCAAGGAGAUACCUGACUUUUUAGUACCUUACUGGGAAAACAUAGAAAAUGCAUAUGUCAAUACCAUCAAAGCUAUACUUAGAUGCCUAAGGGAUGAACAGCACUCUGUAAUUUAUUACUUAGCAGACAUUAGAAAAAAUUUCCAAGAUUAUUUAAAGCGCCCAGAUCUUAAGCAGGAGUUUGUAUCUCAGUGGCAAUCAGAUUUUAAUUCAAUUGCUGAUGACCUGCGAGAAGACGAGGAAACAAAAGCAGAACUACAUCAAAGAGUUACUGACUUAAGAGAUCUUCUCUGGGAUAUCUGUGAUAAAAGAAGGGAAGAAGCAGAGCAGGAACGUACUGAUAUCGUGAAUGACAGCUGGUUACUGGAUCAUAAGGGGAUCGCAAUAAACCAUUUUUUUUCACUUAUGCAGGUUGAAGUGGAUCGUUUCCAAGAUACAAAGAGACUUCUUCAUGAUUACUACAGGGCAAUGGAAGGAAAAAUCCCAACAGAUGACAGUCAAGAUUUUACUAGACUCCCAUUGCUUGAUAUUAUUGAUAUAGAACAGAAAGAAGAUGAGAACAAAUCAAGAAGGAUUCCUCUAGUUUCUUCUAAACUGCCUUUACCGGAAACAAAUAUUGCCAAGUUAAAAAACAGGGGAACUCUACUGAAGAGUGUUAAGGAUGAGAAUUCUUCUGAAAAUGUAGCAGCCGCUUUUGGCAAAGAUGAAAAUCUUAUUUCUGAUACAUGGCAAACAGCAGUAACAGCAGUAUCAGAUAUGGUAACAGCUGAAAUGAAGUCAAAGGAAAUGGAGGAAGAAAAAGAACAGCAGCUAGAUCUGAAAGAAGAUCUGAAGUCUUCUCAGACAAUGUCAGGCAAAGCUACUGGAAAGGAUGCCAAAGAUACCAAAAAGCUUUCUCCCAAAUCACCUACUAAAAAGACAGGACUUCCUUCUACCAUACCUGUGGUCAAAGUCAGUCCAGUUCCUUUAACCUCUGAAGAAUUAAAGAAGCAAGAACUGACACUUAAAAUACAGCAAGAAUAUUUUGCUGCCCUGAAACAUGAGGAAGAAGCCACAAAAUCUCGUCUAGAACUUAUAAAAGAAAAAGCGUUAGCAUAUAUUGAAGAACUAACAGUGAAAGCAGAAGAAGCUUAUAAAGAUAUGGAAAAGUGGCUUGGAGCCAGGUUCCUAGCAGAAAUGUCCAGUGUUGAAAAGCUCAUUGAGAUAGGACGACACCACAUUGAGUGUUCUAGCAAAAUCCAGUAUGAAAUGACUUUAGAAGAAACAGAUUUCUUCCUCAGCAGUGAUGUAAAAGUGAUUCCUGAUCCUGUUCCUUCACCACAUGUUCCACAAGUAGAGACCUCUGAAAGUGGUACUCUAACUAUUUCACAACUUAAUACAUUUCAUAAGCAGUUUCUACAAGUGGCACCUAAAGCCAUAAGAGCACUGAAGCAAUUUAAAGGCAAGAGUAAUUCUUCUAGCAAGACAGAAGUUGGUGACAAAGGGAAGGAGAAGAAAGAUUUGGAAUAUCACAGAACAAAGAGGAAUCGCCAGUUUCCAAAAAUAUGGCUAACAAAGUACUCCUGGUUAAAAUAUGAUGAUGAAAGGGGAAUAAUGUUCUGUGCAUUGUGUCGCAAGCAUAAUGUGGAUUUGGGGGAAAAUGUUCAUAAUUUUUGUUCUGGCACUGAUGACUUCAAACUUGAAUUUAUAAAUACACACCAGAGUAGUGAAGCUCAUGCCUGGGCUACCUGCAUGGAAGCUGCCAGUACUGCCUCACCAAAUAGAGCUUCUGCUGAGCAGAUGUUGAAGAGUAUGAACUCCAUAACAUUAGGAAGAGUAGAAAAUAUUUUUAGAACAUGCCAUGCUAUUGCUAAGUCUGGUCGUCCCUUUACAGACCUUGACUGGAUGUGUAAAUUAGAUGAUAUGAAAGGAGUGGAUAUUGGUUCUGUAUUUAGAAAUGACAAGUCAGCAAGAAUAUUUAUACAUUUUAUUGCUGAAGUAGAAAGAAGGGCUCUAAAAGAGAAACUGGAGAAAUGUAAAUUCUUUUCUCUCAUUAGUGAUGAAGUCACAGAUAGCAUAUUCAAAGCAGCUGCAGUUGUCUACGUGCGCUUUGCAAAUGAAGGAAAAGUCCAUUGCCAGAUUGUUGGAGUUCAACCUGUUCAAAAAAAUGAUGCUUCAAGUAUAAAAAAUGCAAUUGAGGAAAUUUUAGAAAUAAAUCUUCAGCUCAAUUUGGGAAGCCAAGACUGGUCAAGAAAAUUAGUUGGGUUUGGAAGUGACGGGACAGAUGUCAUGAUAGGAGAAAACAAUGGGGUAGCUGAGCUUCUGAGGGAAAUUCAGCCUUGUGUACAGUCUGUGCAUUGUUUUGCUCACCGCCUAAAGCUGGCUUACAAAGGGGCACUGAAAAAUAUUCAGCUAUACAAUAUCUUAACCAAUGGCUUGAGAAAUAUAUAUUAUUUUUAUCAUAACUCACCUCUAAAUAAGAAUAAUCUCAAAGCCACAUAUGAAGCCAUCAAGAUACGCCCAGCAAUUCCUUCUCGCAUUGGAGGCUCGCAGUGGCUUCCUCGUCUACAAACAGCUCUACAAAUUCUACUUAAAGGUUAUCCUGCGAUUGUUCUACAUCUGAGUAAGGUAACUGAUUUAAAAAUUGGAUGUAAAUUUUGGAAAAAUGAUUUGCUAUGUUUAAUUUUGGUCCACCCACCUGAUACGUCUUGUUUCCAUAUUGAUUUCCAGAUUGAAAAAGAUUCAAGAGCCUCAAAUAGGCAGAAAGUCAAAGGACUUUUACACCUCCUUCUGAAAAUGGAGAUAGUCAAGUUUUCCCAUUUCUUGUUGGAUGUCAUCAAUGUCCUCAACAUUCUGUCACGUGUUACUUUGGAUCACAACUCCUCCAUUGCAGAUAUAUUUGCAACCAUGCAGUCAACAGUGGAAACACUCCACAUGUAUCAAACAAGAGCUGGUCCAAAGGAACGCCUAAUGGAGACCAUUCAACAUUUUCAUGGUCACCAGCUUGUUGGAAAUGGAAAUAUUUCAGAAGUACGAACCAAAGUACUAAGUAAUUUGGUGAAGAGGCUACGUAAUUGUUUCUGUGAUGCAAGUAAAGAUGUCUUAAGAGCAACUACUAUUGGAAGUUUUAAACUAUGGCCUGACAAAAUGAGAGAAGAAUUUGGUGAAAAGGAAGUGUCUGUCUUGACUAAACAUUAUGAAGUCGUACUAGAAGCUGCUAGUGUGAAAAUCAAUGAAGUUGAAACUGAAUGGAGCAUGUUGAAAUUAGAGCUAUAUAACAGAUUUCAGAACAUCCAGACCUUGACAUGGGAUUUGGUGAACUCAGAUUAUUCAAAGAAGUAUCCCAACAUCCUGACAUUGGUAGAUUUGAUCCUAACUCUGCCAGCAAGUUCAGCUGAGACAGAGCGAGGCUUCAGUCAAAUGAAAUUCACCAUGAUGCAUCUGCACUCUAAACUAGUGUCUGAAAGUGUGACAGAUCUCAUGAUAAUUCAGAUGAACUCUCCAGAUAUCCAGAAGUUUGACCCCAAGAAAGCUAUUCGUUUGUGGAAUAGUAGUUGGCAGAGAAAUAGAAGACUACUGGAAGGUGAUAUGAUGACAAAUGAAAGAUCAGAUUGCUCCUCUGAGUUUGAUGUGGAGAGUCACUGUGGAAGUGAUUAGAUGAAAAUUCUUAGUUUUUACUUCACAGUCACUCUUUUAACAUACAUGGACACUUUAGUAACAUAUCUUGCAAGAUGAAUGAAUGUGAAAUUUAUAUUUUUUCAUAACAUUACAAUUUGAAAAUUUGGCUCUUCUCUCUGUAUUCACUGCUGAAUCAACAUCAUAUUUGACAUUCAUUACCUGAUUCCUACAAAUCUGAAAAGAAUGAACAAAAAAUGUGGAGUACAUUGUGGCUGUUGUGACACCUGGACAGAGGGAUGACUGGUAACUACCUGAUUGUUGCAUUUAAUCUGAGCCAUUGACACAUUUAUAUCCACUGGAGUUAACUGUCAUCUUGUUCUUUAAUGGUUCAAGAAUUUUUAUUGAUUCUGAAAAUCCUGUUUUUGUUUUGAUAAAUGUAUGGGAAAUUGGUGUAUUAUUGCUGUCUAGUGUUUGCUUGGCCUCUGUGGCCUAUGAAUUUUGUGUCACGCCUUCUCUCUGUAUGUGUUGCUACUUUUUAAUCUCUUGUGGAUAAUGUUUGUCAGACUUGUCCUUCAGAAGAUUCGUGCAGAGGCAAAACAGAUCCAUAUUCCAUUGCUGUUUAUUUAUUGCAUAAAUCAGUCUUCCCAUAAUAGAUAACAUUAUAGCCAGGAUAUGACCAAUAUACUUCACAGUUUAAACUGCUUCUUUUUCCUGUAAAAAUGUUUCAGUGAAGGCUGCGAUAAGAAUGCUAUAUGUUGAUUUUUAUCCUACGCCUUGAGAAUGAGAAUUGUUCAGAGAAGUUUCAAAUUUCAUAAUUUGCCACUACCCACAUGUCUUAAAUGCAACUUCCUACUUGCUAAGUUCCAAUCAAGGAAAAGAAUACCAAAAGAAUAUAUUUUGAGAAAGCUAAAGUGAAAUCAUUGAGGACUUUUCAAACAGUGAUGAACUAGAAAUAACUCGGGAGAAACAAAUUUGAGGUCAUUCACCUUUAAAACAACCCUUUUCUUUGAGUUGAGAUUCAACAUUCUACUUUCAAUAUAAGACAUUUCUAGUAAUUGCAGAAGGUAUGUUAUUUAUAUAGUCAUUCUGAGUAUUUUGCAUAAAUAUUCGUGCUACUUAGAGGUCUAAAUAUUUGCCUACAACAGAAAUAGAGUACAUUUUGAAUGCAUAGCUCAUUAAGGUAUGAUAAUCCACACAAGCAGAGCUAAGUUGUAGGGAUCAGAGCAAGAAAUCAGUACUGUGCAUUAUGUGGUAUAUUAUAAAAGAUGCAUCAUUGAAGUAUGUGCAUUUGUGAUUUCUCAGAUAACAAAAAUGUGUAGUUAUAUUUUACCUAAUAAGCAAGAAGAUAGAUAUUAUAGAGGGUACUUUCUUAGAUAUGUGGCAUAACUAAUUCUAAGGAUUUUCUCAUAAGUCUCAUAAUACCAUGGUUUUCCCCUUGAAGUUUCAAGUGGGGAAGUUCUAGCAAUGAUGAAGUUAAAAAUUUUUUUGAAAAGUGUACCCAGAAUGUCCAAGAGCAGAAGACAAAAAAAAAAAAAAAAAAAUGGGCAAACUAAAACACCAUAACAAAUAAAACUAUAUUUUGAAUCUAUCUGAAUCUAUUUAUUUGAAGUCACUUCCAUGAUGCCAGGGCAGCAUCUCAUUUUUUAGUGUUUAG